AGGCAGAAGCAAUUAAGUAUAUCUACAAUGAAGUCAGCCGAGUGUUUCUGCACUUCAUGCUCACUUGCACCUUCGAGUCACAUCUUUCUAGCAUUCUACACUCAUUUUCUAUUGUUUAAGUUUGCUUUCUUUUGCCUGUCAUGAGGGUUCAAAUUUGCCAUAUAAUUGGCGCCUUUCUUUUACCUUUGGCCGUUGGUGCUACAAAUUCUUCCUCGGUGGAAGGGCUACUGGGUUCCAAUAACGGUAGGUCAAUUUGGACAAAACCAACCAGAAGUAUUCAUGCUAAUCAUCUUUCAGUUGAUCUUGGGGCUUGGUCCGCAGCUUAUGCGCAAGCUCAAGCUUUCAUUGCCGGACUUUCCAAUGAAGAUAAACUUAGCUUAAUCACUGGCAGCGAUGUCAAAUCAGCCAACUGGAAAUCUCUCGUAUUUUUAGAUGGGACACAAGGUCCACAGGCCUACGAAUAUGUUACUGGUUGGUCAGAAACAUCUGCACUUGCGCAUUCUUGGGAUAAAACCAUGAUGUGGAAUCAGUUCAAAGGAAUUGCCGCCGAAUUCUACAACAAAGGUGUACAGGUUACGAAUGCUCCGACGUCUCAGCCUCUUGGUCGAACUCCUUGGGGUGGUCGUCUAGUCGAAACUAUGGGACAAGAUAGUUACCUCAAUGGUAUUAUGUUUGGACUUGGUGUUAAAGCCUUCACAGAAACUGGAAUGUAUGUUCAAUCUGUUCUUAACUGCUUUCUAAUUCUCGAUGGCUGUUUCAUCCUCUCAACCAUUUUAAGCUCAUUGUAAUAAACUAAAUCCGUGUGUGCAGCAUUCCCGGAGGCAAGCAUUUUCUUCUCAAUGAGCAAGAAACCAAUCGACAAUCAAGCACAGGUGAUAUUGCUCCAUACACUUCCAAUGUUGAUGAUAAAACCCUUCAUGAGACAUACCUCGCGCCAUUCUAUGACGGCGUCAAGAACGGAUUGGGUGCUGUCAUGUGCGCCAUGACUCAAGUCAAUGGCACACUCUCCUGCGAAAACUCGGAUCUUUUAAUGCAUUAUCUAAAGACCGAGAUAGGAUUCCCAGGGCUUGUAUACCCUGAUGUAAGUGGCCAAUCAACUGCUUUUGGUUCGGCAAAUGGAGGUCUUGACUAUGGAAGUUCGAGAAUCUGGAGUAACUCCUCUAUUACCACUGGUCUCUCUAAUGGUACUCUGUCGCAAGCACGACUUGACGAUAUGGCCAUGCGAAAUGUCAUAGGAUACUACUAUGUCAAUCUCAACAACGGUAGCCAGCCUUCUUACGUCUCAUCUUCAGCUUACCGUGAUGUUCGGGCCAAUCACGGUACUAUUGUGAGAGAAAAUGGUGCAGCUUCCUUGGUUCUACUCAAAAAUACCAAUAAUGCUUUACCUCUUUCGAAGCCAUUAAGCAUGGCCAUCUUCGGUCCACACGCUGGUCCCGUCAUGGCUGGACCAAACUACGCCUUUACUGUCAAUAACACUGAAAUGACAUAUCAGGGACAUCUUGCCGGUGGUUCUGGUUCUGGUCAAACUUCUUUCCCUUACCUCAUUACUCCUCAACAUGCCCUCACCACUCAGGCUAAACAGGACGGCACUAUGAUACGUUGGAUCCUAAACAACACCUACACCAGUACGAUCUCCGGAGGAUUUGGAGCUUUCAUUAAGGGACAGGAUACAGUAGACCUUGGUGGAAAUGGAACCGCUCCAAGUGGGGGUAAUAACGGAACCACAGGCAGCGGUGACAGUAGUGUAUUCCCUGGACUUAGUGGUGGAACCGCUCUCACUCAAAGUAUUUCUAGCUAUGCUUCUGACGCAGAAGUAUGUCUCGUAUUCCUAAAUGCAUUCUCCGGCGAAGGCGCUGACCGCACCGAACUCCGAAACACCGAACAAGAUUCCCUUGUCACCUCUGUCGCAGCCGAAUGCAACAACACAAUCGUCAUAAUCAAUACUGUUGGUGCCCGGCUCGUUGACACCUGGAUCGAGAAUAAAAACGUCACAGCCGUUGUCUAUGGUGGACUUCUUGGUCAAGAAUCCGGUGAUUCCAUCGUCGAUAUUCUCUACGGAAAUGUCAACCCCUCAGGCCGUUUAUCCCACACCAUCGCAAAAAACGAAUCAGACUACAAUGUAGAAAUCUGCACAACCCACGUUUGCAACUUUACUGAGGGUAACUAUAUCGAUUACAAAUACUUCGACGCUUUUAAUAUUACACCCAGAUUCGAAUUUGGAUUCGGAUUAAGUUAUACCAACUUCACCUACUCCAACCUCGAAGUCGAAAUUAUUAAUCCAACUGCCCUAGCUUCCACAUACCCAACUGGUAUCUUAUCCGUAGGAGGAAAAGAAGAUCUCUGGACAGACGUCGUAUCUGUCAAUGUCACGAUUUCCAAUUCCGGCUCAGUAGCAGGAAAUGAGAUUGCGGAAUUGUAUUUAGAAUUCCCAGCUGAAGCAGAUGAACCAGUUAGACAAUUGAGAGGAUUUGAAAAGACGAGUUUGUUGGCGGCGGGAGAUUCAGAGACAUUAGGGUUUAAGCUGAGAAGAAGAGAUUUGAGUGUUUGGGAUACGACGGCGCAGGAUUGGUUGGUGGUUAGGGGUACUUAUGUUGUGAAUGUUGGGGCGAGUUCGAGGGAUUUGAGGGUGCUAGGGAAUGUUGUUGUGGUUUAGUGUGUAAUUUUUGAUUGAUUGUAUAUACUUACGUUUAUAAUGGGGGUUGUGUAUAUUUAUGAGGAUUAUGAGGAUUAUGAGAAUUAAGAGUUGUUUGUAUAUCUAGUCCUUCUGGCAAGU